AUGGUCAGAACCUAUACAUCAAUACCACCUCCAGAAGGUUGGGAAAUUGUAAAGGAUCGACUUGAAGAAUUUGAAAAGAUGAUGAGAAAUAUUGAUAAAGGAUUACACCAAGGUAGAAAAAAAAAUGAGUUGAUGUGGCCUAUAUUCCAAAUAAAUCACUUAAGAAGCCGUUAUUUAUAUAACUUAUAUUAUAUAGAUAAAUCAAUAAAUAAAGAAUUAUAUGAAUAUUGCUUAAAACAAGGCCAUGGAGAUAGGGAAUUAAUAACCAAAUGGAAAAAACCAGGUUAUGAAUACUUAUGCUGUAUGAAUUGUAUAACUAAUAUUAAUACAAAUUAUGGAACUACAUGUAUUUGUAGAGUUCCAAAAGCAGAUUUAAAUAAUAAUAUAUCUAUAGAAUGUUCAAAUUGUGGUUGUACAGGUUGCUCUUCAUAA